UGGAAAGUGAAUUGCCGUUAUAAAUGACAUCUCUACUAAAUUGUUGAUAAGAAAGGGCAGAGUACAGAUAAAUAAAUAAAAUAUCAAUGGUAAGCUAGCCCAAGGCAGGAAUAUAAACGAAAUGGUGGAGAAAAACAAAUAUGUACCACGUGUGAAUCAGAUAGAUGCCAUCUAUCUGAACAAGGACAUUACCCGCCUGAUACGGGAUAAUUUGCUGGAGAACCUGCAGGCCAUCUCGCCCGUUCUGUUCAUCAAAAUCCAACCGGAGCUGGAUUUGAUAAUACAAUCCGCCAUUUGGUUUGGAUCCGUUGGCAAGCGGUGCUCCACUUUUGGACAGCAGCUUCUGGUCCUGGCGUAUGAUGCCGAGAAGCUGACCGUCUCGCGGUUGGUGCUCCACUUCGUCCUGACCGUCCUGCCGGGUUAUGUGAAGAGCUGGGAGGAGAGGCGUCUGACCAGGCGGGUGGAGUGGUUCAGCCAGGCAAUUACAUGGGCGGAGAACAGUGCCCUGGUGCUGAACAUCCUCAAUUACUUUCGGUUCCUGAAGACGGGCCGGAAACCCACGCUGGUGGACUUCCUUUUGGGAUUGGACUACAUUAGUCUGAGGAACAAUCAGAGGAGAGACAUAGGCUACAAGUACCUGACGAGGGAGUUGCUCUGGGGAGGAUUUAUGGAAAUCCUUGGCCUGGUACUGCCCAUCAUCAACUUUCGAAAGCUGCAACGAGUGUUUAAAUCCUCGGCCUUUGGACAGGCGAUAUCCGGACCCCGGUUGGAGGCUGGAGGAGAUGGUGUGCCGUUCCUGGCCCCGCAGAUGACCCUGAGCACCACCUGCACCUUCUGCGGGGAGCGACCCACGUUGCCCCACCACAUGGACUGUGGCCACAUCUAUUGUUAUUAUUGUCUGAGCGCCAAUCUUUUAACGGACGCCAGUUUUGUCUGUCCCAAAUGCGGUCAUACGUGUCCUGAAGGUGGAAUCCAAAGUGUCUAAUACAUAGGAAUAUUGUUGAA